AUGACCUCCUACGCGACCUUCCAGCAGUACGACCUCCUGGACUCUGAGGGUUACGGGUCUGCGAGCAGCCCGGAGUCGAACCCGCGCGGCAACUGGCACCAUCAGGAGAUCUACCCGCAACCGCCGCGCUCCAGGGGCAGCAGCUGCGGUAGCGUCAGUUCCGUGGACAGCCACCAUCAGCAAGAGUACCAGGAGAUCGGCACCCCCAAUGGCAGCCUGCACGUGACCGCGGGCUUCAACUUCGCCGACUUCUACGAGGGCUACUACCAAGAGGGCUGCCGUAGCAGCGAGCCGUUGAACGGCGCCAGGAACGUCAAGGACCAUCACUCCAAGGUCAUCUUCAGAAUGAACGAUCAGUGCGCGAGCUACGGUGACGCUCCGUCCAGAAUGGGCUUCAACGAGGGCGCCGCGGGCAAGCAAGACCCGGCGGGGUACGUACAAAAGAUGGAGCACCAUCAUCCCGCCGGUGUCUUUGCGAAUUCCCGAGCCGACUACGCUCAGGAGGUAUUCGCGGCGAAGAGCUACGGGAAAAACGGCGGCUUCCUGCCGCGGAACGAGAGCCACCCUUACGGUCAGAGAACGGACGUGCUCUACUUGGGCGCCGCUUACACGGUGCAGAGGAACGACGCCGGCCUGGUGACGACCGGCCAGCCGAACAAGUGCGAUCAGUCGCGGUAUCAUCAGCGGGACGACGGGCACCACGUUCUGCCGGCGGACUACGCCGGGCAAAAGUCCAAGGACGCGAUGCAGAAGAUGAAGAGCAGCGCGCCUGGCAUCGAGGUGUUGAGGAAGAGGAGGCUCGCGGCGAACGCCAGAGAGAGGAGGCGGAUGAACAGCCUGAACGACGCCUUCGACAGGCUGCGGGACGUCGUACCCAGUCUCGGCAACGACCGCAAGCUCAGCAAGUUCGAGACGCUGCAAAUGGCGCAGACCUACAUAGCCGCGCUCUACGAGCUGCUGCAGCGCGAAUGA